AUGGGAGCUGCCAAACCACCUGUCCCUGGGCUCCGAAGCCUCCUCAGUUUACUGGUGAUAUUAGUGGACGGGUGGCACGACCUGGAUAACAGCGACUAUGAUUGCUGGCCCCUGGAAAAACCAGAUGAGUAUAACAUGCUGGACUGUGGAGGUCUUGAGAUGGCCUGGGUCCAGAGACCUCCAGAAAAGGCUGUGAGUGGGGAGUUCUUCAAUGUAACGUAUGCAGUCUUUGCUUCAGAUCACUUUUACCACUAUGCUGUGCAAAACGGAAUCCUUUCUCACAGCAAUGCUACGGCAGCCAAGAAGUUCUGUGAAGAACAAGAGUGCCCUUCCAACUGGAAAGAUGCAAAUGGAGAAAACUGCUGUGUCCAUCACGCCAACAUCCACUCCUGCCCUUUGGCCUUCAUGGGGAAAGGUGGAAUAUGUGGCCCGUGGAUUCCGGAUGAUGGCCAGAUAUUUACUCACACUUUAUCUACAGCUGGCAAAAUGAGUCAGACAAACUGGACUGCCAAGGUUGUUUUGGUUCAUGUGGGGGUGACCUCUCUCAUCGCACACAUCAGGGUUGGGAAAAUGCAAGUUGCUCUGGAAGCCAAAACCACGGUGCUACCUGCAGUAGUCUGCGGAGAUGGUGUUUGUGAAGAAGAUGAAAGCUGUUCCACAUGUCCAGCUGACUGUGGGGAAUGCCCACUGACAGCUGAUGCCAGGAUAGCAAUUGCCUUACCAAUAUGUUUAGUCUGUGCUGGCUUCAUUCUGACAAUAGUGUGGUUUCAAUAUCAGAAGCAAAAGAUGUUUUGGGAUGAAAGCUGGAUUAUAGACUUCUCCCGCAUCAAACAAGAUCGCAUGCUACGGACGGCAAUGGGCAGCAUCAUUAGUGCAGCCCAUGCACCCAGCAACUCCAACGCCAGCUGUAUCACGGCCCUGAGUUCUUGCACAGCAGAUGUCAACGCAUCCAGGAAACAGCACUUCACCCAGACAGGGAUAUAUGAUGGUAGAACAGUCGCCAUCAAGAAAAUAAGGAAGAAGACAUUCACCUUGUCCAAAUCCAUACGCAAGGAAGUAAAGCAAGUGAGAGAACUUGAUCAUCCCAACCUCUGCAAAUUCAUCGGCGGUUGUACAGACGUGCCAAAUGUUGCCAUCGUGACAGAAUACUGUCCAAAAGGUAGCCUGAGCGACGUGCUGCUCAAUGAAGACAUUCCUCUCAACUGGGGCUUCAGGUUUUCCUUUGCUGGAGACAUUGCCCAAGGAAUGGCUUAUCUUCACCAGCAUAAAAUCUAUCACGGAUGCUUAAAGUCUAAUAACUGUGUGAUAGACGACCGCUGGGUCUGUAAAAUUUCAGACUAUGGAUUGCAGGCCUACAGAAAAGAGGAUCAUUAUGAGGGUGCCAGUGCCUAUCAGCAGCGUUUGAUGCAGAUUUACUUGGCUCCUGAGGCCCAUUCGUUGUCAGACUUUGUCCCCACUUCCACGGCAGAUGUGUACAGUUAUUCCAUCAUUUUAUUAGAGAUCGCAACAAGAAGUGACCCUGUGCAGGAUGAUUCUCAUUCAGCGGAAUAUUCCUCGUGCCUCCCUCUGACAGAAUUAAUUUCAGGAAAGUCUGAGAAUUCCUGCCCAUGCCCUACAGACUAUGUGGAGCUAAUCAGGAGGUGCAGGAAAACCAACCCAACCCAAAGGCCUACAUUUGAGCAAGUCAAGAAGUUAUUGUACAAGAUGAAUCCUAACAAAGUUAGUCCAGUUGACAUGAUGAUGACUCUGAUGGAGAAAUACAGCAAACACCUGGAAGUAGUAGUUGCAGAACGAACCCAGGACUUAAUGCAUGAAAAGCAGAAGACUGAUCGUUUAUUAUAUAAUCUGAAUGGGGAAAAAUCAGAUUAA